CAAAAUUAUUACUCGUAUUAUAAUUUCUGGGAUUUCUGGAAUGGGUGAGAUCACGAACAGAGCUUCAACCACCAUCGCCGGGCCUCCACGCCCGCCGCUACUCACCGUCGUUCCCCGCCCGCCCAUGGAAUCCUUCUUCGCGGAUGGGUUCAUACCCGGAUUCAGCCCGGGUCCUAUGUCCCUGGUUUCCAGCUUCCUCGCCGACCCCGAUGUCUGCUCUUUCUCCCAGCUCCUUGCCGGCACCAUGGCUUCCCCGCUCGCUAAUCCUCCCGAGAAGGCGGUUUCCGGCCUGGGAAGUGAGAAGCAGUCGGGAUAUAAGCAGAAUCGGCCGAUGAGCUUGGCGGUAGCUGCUCUCUCUCCUUUGUUCGUCGUCCCACCUGGCUUCAGCCCUUCUAGUUUUCUCAAGUCUCCCGGAUUCCUCUCGCCACUUCAGAGUCCUUUUGGAAUGUCUCACCAACAAGCCUUGGCACAUGUGACAGCUCAGGCUGCAUUAAACCAGUCUUAUUUGCAAAUGCAGACUGAUUACCAUCAAUCUUCACCUCUAGAUGUGUUAGAACAUGAAUCUUCUUCCAUCCGAACCGAAUCAUUCCAAAGUCAACUGGAUGAUGUGUUGUUUGACCAAGAUAGUUUGAAGAAUGAACCCCUAGAGGUCUCCCAAUCACUGAGAAAACCUCCCUCCAAUGCUAUGGAGAGGCCGGCCAAAGAUGGUUACAACUGGAGGAAAUAUGGACAGAAACUUGUUAAGGGAAGCGAGUGUCCACGGAGUUACUAUAGAUGCUCGCAACUCAAAUGUAUGGUCAAGAAGAAAGUUGAGCGGUCCGUUGAUGGGCACAUUACUGAGAUCACAUAUAGAGGGCAGCAUAACCAUGAACUUCCUAACCCUAACAAAAGGAAGAAGGAUGAUUGUGAUGUGGAGGGCAGAGAUAAUGAACAACAGAUGAAGCCUGACACUGCUUCUGGUUGUUUGACUCUAGUUAACGGGUCAAAUGAGAUUGAGUUUUCUGAGUCAGACCUGUUAUCCACCAAAUUACCAUCUCAGGAACUUGAUGAAAUGGAGGAGACAGUUAUUGCAUGUGAUGAGGAUGAUGAACACAUUCCUAAGAAAAGGAGCUUAGAGGCAGAGGUUGUGUCAUCUGCUCCACCCUCAUCUCAUAGAACAGUCACUAAACCCAGAAUCAUAGUGCAGACAAGGAGUGAAGUUGACCUUUUGGAUGAUGGAUACAAGUGGAGAAAAUAUGGGCAGAAAGUAGUCAAAGGAAACACUCAUCCAAGGAGUUACUAUAGAUGCACAUUUAGUGGAUGCAGAGUACGUAAACACGUUGAAAGAGCUUCAGCAGAUCCCAAAGCGGUCAUCACUGCUUACGAAGGCAAACACAAUCAUGACAUCCCAAAUCCAGCUAGGAACACUGCGUGUAGGAAACCCCACUUGCAAUUAAAGGCCGAAAGUUGAUGGCCUGGUGAGGGGCCAAAGCUGUGUGCAAAUUGUGCAUUGGCAGUUUCUGUUAGUUGUAAUCUUUUGGCUUUUUCUCCUUUGGUUGAUUUCUUACCUUCAUCGUCUGGCUUGUAAGUUCUAUAGAUAUGAGUAAUUACCGAGUUGUAAAAAGUGAAAAUCUCAACCUUUUCUACGUUUGUUUUAUUUGCAUUGCCGGAUGUAGUGAAUGUAUAUUUGUAACUUUGGUAAAUUUGUGAAGUAUUCUUCUUGAUAUCUUUACUUAAAAUAUGACAAAAGCUGGUAAUUUCUUUGCCGCAAUUUAAAGUGUUUUGUUAGUAAAGAUUUCGUUAUCCUCCUGUGUUAAAA